AUGGAGAAAAAACAGGAAGUUUCGCCGCCGGAAGAGAAGAACGCCGAUCGGAGUCGCGGGGUGGACAAAAAGGAGAGCAAAUCAGAUGAGUUCGAUCUGCCGCUGGAGAGCAGCCCUUAUGUGAACUACGACGACCUUGACGACUAUAAGCUCAAAGGUUAUGGAGCUGAAGGCCAUCUCCAACCAGAACCCGGCCGCGGCGCCGGCGCAACGGAUGCUCCCACUCCGUCCGGUGCGGCGGGGACUCGCCAGUACGACGUCGCUGGAGCUGGAACCGCUACGGAUACGAUUAAUCAUCAAGGGGUUCCCUAG